AUGCGAGGCAGCUUGCUUGCGUUGGCCGCCCUGCUGGCGCCUCUCUGCGCAGCACAGGCAAAUGGAAACUCGACCCAGUCGACGCCGAAGCCGGACAAGGACGGGAAGUACUGGAUCUAUGGCAAAGGAAUCUCAGCGGCUUUCGUGCCUUAUGGAGCAUCGAUAGCCAACCUGAUGAUACAUGACAAGCACGGCAUCGAGAGGGACAUCGUCACGGGCUUUGACAACGCCACCUUCUUCACCGAGGACAAGAAGCAUGAUCACUUUGGUGGCAUUCCCGGCAGGUAUGCGAACCGCAUCAAGAACAGCACCUUUGAGAUCGACGGUGUGCAGUACAAGAUUCGGCCCAACGAACACAAGACGGCAGAGUACCCCGAGGGCCUCAACACCCUCCAUGGAGGUCCCAAUGGGUGGGACUGGCGUAACUUCACUGUCGUCUCGCACUCCAACGACAGUAUCACCUUCUCCAUCCACGAUGCUGAUGGCGAGGAGGGCUUCCCCGGUGAGGUGGUGUCGUAUGUCACCUACACCUUGAAGGACAUGCAGUGGGACUUCAAGAUUGUCGCCCUAUCCCUGACCAAGAAGACUCCCAUCAUGUUGACCAGCCACACCUAUUGGAACCUUGAUGGCUUUUCCAACAACGAGACAAACACCAUCUUCAACCACACCUUCCACAUGCCCUAUGGUGGCCAGAGGGUUGCCGUUGACAACAUCCUCAUCCCAACCGGCGACAUCCUAGCCAACCAGAAAUACUCAGUCAACGAUUUUUGGAGCGCACCAAAGCAGAUCGGCGCCAACCAGACAUCACCUGAGCUGCUUGGCAACUGCGGUUUCAACUGCACCGGAUACGACAACUGCUGGCUUGUCAACCGUGACCAGAGCGGCCCCUUCGAUUGGCGCGAGAGCGGACCCGUGGCGACCCUGUCUUCAGACUGGUCUGGCAUCAAGCUUGACAUCUACACCGACCAGGAGGCCUUCCAGAUGUACUCAUGCGGUGGUCAGGACGGCACUAUGCCACUGAAGAAGACCCAGGGUAUUACCGACAACCCGGAUUUCCCUCGCACCAUUCCCAAGUAUGGCUGCGUUGUGCUCGAGGUGCAGGACUACAUUGACGCCAUCAACCAGCCCAGCUGGGGACGUCAAAAGAAGCAGAUCUUUGGUCCCGGCGACGACCCGUACGUCGUGCAGGCCAGCUACCGCUUCAGUGUGCAGUGA